UCACGUGGCCGCCCGGGUCAGUCUAACGGGCGGGGCGGAGCUGCUUCAGGUUAGUAUUGUCAUCCUCACCCUCGUGCAGGCCCCGCCCAACUCUUGGCUCCUGCACUCCCAGGCAACGUUGUUACCUGACAGGAGGAGGUAUGGCUCCGCGCAGGAGCCCCAAAAGCGGCAGUCCCGGCCCCGGAGCCCGGAGAGAAGCAAAACAUGGUGGAAACAAGAGUGCCAAGAAAGAAGGAGUUUCUGGGACCUCCUUUUUUACAUGGUUCAUGGUAAUAGCACUUCUGGGAGUAUGGACAUCAGUUGCAGUAGUUUGGUUUGAACUCGUUGAUUACGAGGAAGUACUAGGAAAACUUGGGAUCUAUGAUGCUGAUGGUGAUGGUGAUUUUGAUAUGGAAGAUGCCAAGGUUUUGCUAGGACUUAAGGAAAGAUCUGUCCCAGAACAGUCAAUGCCAAGAAGUGCUGAAGAAGUUAUCCCACCUAAAGAAAAGCCACAUGUGAAAACAGAACACAUACAUGUUAAAACAGAACCUGAAGAUGAAAUUGAGGCCUUUCUACAUGAAGUUCUUGAUUCACAACUUGAAAAAGGUGAAAUAGAUGAAGAAAACGGUGAAAUAAAAAAAGAUGAAAUAGAUGAAGACCAUGAAGAAACAGAUUUUCAGGAGGAAGAAAAAGAAGACAAUAAUGAAGUAUCUGAAGAACCCACAACAGAACAGAGUUAUGAUAAAGAAAUAGAAGAUAAAAUACCUGAAAUAUCAGAGAAAUCAAGUUCUACCCAAGAAGAACCUGCAAGUCACUACCAACCCAAGGAUCAAGAAGAAUAUGACACUGAUGUUUUAAAUGACUAUUCUCACGUGGAAGAAGGCACAAAUGAGCCAGAAGUCCAAGAAUCUGGUCCAGAAAAUACGGAACAGCCUGCCCAUGUAGAAGAAGAAGAAUUAGAGAGAGAAGACUUCACUGAGAAUACUGAAACAUUUGAUCAUCCAGAAGAAAUACAUGGACGUGAUGCAGAUGUUUUAGAUGCUGUUACUGAACCUGUUCAAUCAGUACAUGAGGAGGAACAUACAGAAGAUCAUGUGGCUGCUCAACAACAUGAUAAAGAAGUUCCUGUUCACACAGAAGAUUAUACAGAAAAUGAUGUAAUUGGACAUGGUGAAAAAGAAACUCUGCAAAAAGAAAACGUAAAGAAGAAGAAACCAAAAUUGCUCAAUAAAUUUGAUAAAAGUAUUAAAGUUGAACUUGAUGCUGCAGAAAAGCUACGCAAAAAGGGGAAAACAGAAGAAGCUUUAAAGGCAUUUGAAGCUUUGGUAAACAAGUAUCCCCAAAGUCCUCGAGCAAGAUAUGGAAAAGCCCAGAGUGAGGAUGACUUGGCUGAGAAAAUGAGAAGCAAUGAAAUACUCCAACGAUCUAUCACUACCUAUGGUGAAGUGGCCAGUCUGCCAAAUGUCCCUGAUGAUCUAGUAAAGAUGACACUGAAACGGCGGGCAGACAGGCAGCAGUUUCUUGGUCGCAUGCGAGGUUCAUUAGUUACACUACAGAAACUGGUUGGCCUGUUUCCUAAUGAUACUUCAUUCAAGAACAACCUUGGAGUGGGUUAUCUUUUAAUUGGAGACAACAGCAAUGCCAAGAAGGUUUACCAGGAGGUUCUAAGCCUGGCUCCUAAUGAUGGAUUUGCAAAAGUGCAUUAUGGAUUCAUUCUGAAGGCAGAGAACAAGAUUGAAGAAAGCAUUCCCUAUCUGAAAGAAGGUCUAGAAACAGGCGAUCCUGGCACUGAUGAUGGCCGCUUUUAUUUUCAUUUGGGUGAUGCCAUGCAGCGAGUUGGAAACAAGGAGGCAUACAAGUGGUAUGAACUUGGGUACCAACGGGGUCACUUUGCAUCCGUCUGGCAGCGUUCUCUGUAUAAUGUCAAGGGCUUAAAAGCUCAGCCAUGGUGGACAGCAAAGGAAACAGGUUAUACAGAACUGAUCAAGUCCUUAGAAAAAAACUGGAAGGUGAUCCGGGAUGAAGGACUUGCUGUAAUGGAUAGAAGCAAGGGUCUCUUUCUUCCAGAAGAUGAAAAUUUACGAGAAAAGGGUGACUGGAGCCAGUUUACUCUGUGGCAACAAGGAAGAAAAAAUGAGAAUGCCUGCAACAGUGUUCCAAAAUCAUGUGCCUUAUUAGAACGUUUCUCAGAAGCCACUGGAUGCCGAAGAGGGCAGAUCAAGUAUUCUGUCAUGCAUCCAGGGACUCACGUCUGGCCUCACACAGGGCCCACUAACUGUAGGUUGAGGAUGCAUUUAGGCUUGGUCAUUCCUAAAGAAGGCUGCAGGAUACGGUGUGCUCAAGAAACCAGAUUCUGGGAAGAAGGGAAGAUUCUCAUUUUUGAUGAUUCUUUUGAACAUGAAGUGUGGCAGGAUGCUAAUGCUUACCGACUGAUAUUCAUUGUGGAUGUCUGGCACCCAGAGUUAACGGCACAACAGCGACGCACCCUACCAGCUAUUUAAGUAGUCUUGAAGUUUUUCCCUUUUGAGCUUCACACUGUGUGCUGAGAAGUACAACAAAAAUUAAACGCAACUGUAUCAAGAAUGUGUAAGGACCUUAAAGCAUCCUGUUCUGUGUACCACCCCAUUACAGCACUGAUCUGAAUGCUCUGUAUUCAUGCUGCAAGUUGGAAUUCUAUGCUUUCAUCAGCCAAAGAACAUCCUGUGUUACAUUUUGAAAAAAAACUUGUGCCAGAUUUUUUUGAAACAGUAUAUAUUUUUGGAACUCCUUGACGUAAAAGCCACUUUCAAAAGCCUGAAUGUAAUCAUAAGGAAUGCAGAUUUCCAGACUGUGCAAUUUCUGAUCAUUAUGAGGUUAUUCAGAAGCAGUAUUUAGUGGAUUGUAUCCUCAAGCACUACAUCCACCUCUCCCAUGAUAAAAGCAACUCUUAUGGAACAAUAUGAAAAUGUAUUAUUGUUACCUUUUAUAAUUCUACGUUGGUUUCAUCCAGUGGAUUUAUAGGGUGACGUGUAGAUAAGAGGAGCAGGUGGUUUUGUGUCUUAUUUUUGAUAGAUAAGGACAUUUUUUCAUCAGAUACAGUAUGUUUGAAUACUUUUUUCUGUUCUAUUUGAACCACGUUCUUUUUCAACUUUUCUUUUAGUUCCCUUUUUAUAUUAAUUUAGAAACAGUGAAGCCUUAUACGAGCAGCAAUCUAUUUUACUGAGGGUGGCUUUUUCCUUCCAAGUCAAAGGAUAUGUAAAUAUUUCCUUUAUUCAAUUCUAGUUAAAAGCAAAUUUUACCAAAUUUUGUGUUUAUUUCUAUUUUUUUUUAUAAUAUAAACACGUCUUUUAAGCUUAGAUGUAGUACAUAGAAGCUUUGGGCUGCAAUUUUUUCUCCAACUUUUUAAUGCAGUUUUUUUUAAAAAGAAUCCUUCAUAAGUUAAAGCCUGAUUAAGAAAUAAUUGAUAACUGGAGCCGUUUUGUAACAUUUUGUUCUCAAUUACAGCCAAUUUCAUAUCCUACAUGAAACUGAGACAGAUAAAGUAACAUAUAAAUAUAGUUCUGUGGUGUUUGUUGGUUUCCCAUUAAUGAAUGAUCAUGAAACUUUUUUAAUGAUUCGUUUUCAUUCAACCUAUCAGUGCCAACCUUUGAACCUGUUCUCUCUUUUUUGCUAUUGAAGCCAUUAUAUAAUGUUACAUUCAUCUCUGAUGAUACAAUAAGUAAGACUGACAUUUAAACAGCUUUGCAUAGAUGUUUCAAAUUACAUCCACUAAAACUAGUUAUAAGCAAUUAAUUGCUCAUUGUCAAAAGGUACAGGAUUGGUGUAAUUUUAUGCAGAGAAAUGUGCCAUGGUACACAUUCUAAAUGUAGGUCUCAAAAUCCAACAGGUGCUCCUGGAAAUAAUUUCUGGUCAUAAUUCAUGUAAAAUACAGCAUUUCAUAGAUUGAAUAAUCUCUUAAUCCGCCUUGAUUGUUGUUUGUUCUUUGCUAUGACAAAAGUCAUCAAACUGAGGAUUGGAAACAUCUUAAGAAGUACCAAGCCUCAGACAAUAAUAUAUAUUGUCUGAGGCUUGAUAUUCAUGCUCAGACUUUUCAAUACCAAAAAUUGUAUAAAAUUUUCCAGAUGACUCUUUUUCUUAUCACAGCCACAAGGACUGUGUAAACUGCCUACAAUUCUUCUUUUUAAUUAUUUAUGUUAUAGAAAAUUAUUUUGUUUGGCUUCUCUCAGAAAUAUUCUUGAGCCUUUGGCAUUUUUGCCAAAUAAAUAGUAUAUCUUUUGUAACUUGCUGGUCUGGUAGCAGCCCAUCAGUAGUGUACCUGUUUCUUUGGAAUUCUUGUAAAAAUAUGCAAGUUACAGAAUUUCAGUAUUAUUUUUUAAUUGUUUUAAAUGACUAGUCUUCCAGAAUGGAUUUUUGGGGAAGGCAGAUAUAGAAAGCAUAUAUCUAACUAUAGCCAGUCUACUGAUUAAAGUUUGGAGCACCCUUUUAGUAUGAUUCUAUUGCUGCUAUAAAAAACAAAUA